CUGCCCCAGAUCACGUUUGCCGGUAGCAGCCAACCAGUCGGGCUCUGGUCCUCCGGCUCGGAGCGAUUGGGGGCGAGUGAGCUCGGCCCCAGUCUCCGGUCAGGGUCCCCUCAGUCCAGGCCCGAGGCGGUCUCCCCUGCGCUCCCUGGCCCCCUCCUCCUCGUGGAAGCCGAGCGGCGGCCUCGCUGUAACGCGGAGGCGAAAUGUAGCGAGCGGGGGGUCGCGGCUGGACGCUCUCCUUGGCUGGGGGUGCGGGGAGACGCGCCGGGGGUGGAGAAGGACUGCCGAGGAGGAGUGAUGAGAAGAGGGGGCACCCUGCACCCCCCGAGACCACGGGCUCCUGCUGCCACUCGCCAGGCACCCCCCCUGCUCCCCAGCGAGGGCCAGGUGUUCCACGCAGAUUCUCGUGACUUUAAGAACCAGGGAUUUGGGGAGGUCCAAGGUCUUCUCAGAAAGGAGGGAACUCUCCGGAGGAAAGGGGAGAGGCAGCAGACACUGUCCUGGGACCAGCAGAACCCAAAGAGCUGUGGGAAGCCGGAACCCAGCCCGAGGCGUGGGAAGGAGCUACGGCCCCAGACCAGGGCUGCAUUCUGAACGAUUUGAACGCAAGCUACUUUUCCUGGAAGAAGGGCCACCUCAGAAAGCACCCCAGACUUGGCUGGGCUCUUCCACUCUGGAUGCCCCCUACUCCGAGGAGCCUGCCACUGCCAACCAAAGAAGAUAAGAGGCCAGAUCAGUUUCCCUCAAGCACGGCGCUGGGGGCCAGAGCCAGGCGUCUACACCCCUGGGGGCCAGCUGCAGAGUCUGUUGAGGCCUUUUUUGUUUCCCUCCAGCCUGUGGCUUCAGUGCUUGAUGGGGCUGCCUGUUGCUAGAUCAGCUUUUGCAGAGCCUGGUAGGAGCAGAGCGCCGUGGGGAGAGGUCCCGCGGCACCCAAGCCUGGGUUCACCCCAGGACUAAGUUCUUUCCCAGGUUAGAGAGGGAGAGCAAAAGCAAAAAGAAGAAAGUCCCCCUUCCCCUCCUCCCUUCCCGUCAUGUCCUCUAAACCAGAGCCGAAGGACGUCCACCAGCUGAAUGGAACUGGCCCCACUGCCUCACCCUGCUCUUCGGAUGGCCCUGGGAGAGAGCCCUUAGCUGGGACCUCAGAGUUCCUGGGGCCCGAUGGGGCCGGGGUGGAGGUAGUGGUGACCGAGUCUCGGGCCAACGCCAAAGGGGUUCGGGAAGAGGACGCCCUGCUGGAGAACGGGAGCCAGAGCAAUGAGAGCGACGACGUCAGCACGGACCGGGGCCCUGCACCCCCCUCCCCGCUCAAGGAGACCUCCUUCUCCAUCGGGCUGCAGGUGCUGUUUCCCUUCCUCCUGGCAGGCUUCGGGACUGUGGCCGCGGGCAUGGUGCUGGACAUCGUGCAGCACUGGGAAGUGUUCCAGAAGGUGACAGAGGUCUUCAUCUUGGUGCCUGCACUGCUGGGGCUUAAGGGGAACCUGGAAAUGACCCUGGCAUCGAGGCUCUCCACCGCAGCCAACAUCGGGCACAUGGACACACCCAAGGAGCUCUGGCGCAUGAUCACAGGGAACAUGGCCCUCAUCCAGGUGCAGGCCACAGUGGUGGGCUUCUUGGCAUCCAUCGCAGCCGUUGUCUUUGGCUGGAUCCCUGAUGGCCAUUUCAGCAUCCCGCAUGCCUUCCUGCUCUGUGCCAGCAGCGUGGCCACGGCUUUCAUCGCCUCCCUGGUGCUGGGGAUGAUCAUGAUAGGAGUCAUAAUCGGCUCUCGAAAGAUCGGGAUCAACCCAGACAACGUGGCCACACCCAUCGCUGCCAGCCUGGGUGACCUCAUCACCUUGGCGCUGCUCUCAGGCAUCAGCUGGGGACUCUACCUGGAGCAGAAGAACUGGCAAUAUAUCUACCCCCUGGUGUGUGCCUUCUUCGUGGCCCUGCUGCCUGUCUGGGUGGUCCUGGCCCGGCGGAGCCCAGCCACCAGGGAGGUGUUGUACUCGGGCUGGGAGCCUGUCAUCAUCGCCAUGGCCAUCAGCAGUGUGGGGGGCCUCAUCUUAGACAAGACUGUCUCAGACCCCAACUUUGCAGGGAUGGCUGUCUUCACACCUGUCAUCAAUGGUGUCGGGGGCAACCUGGUGGCGGUACAGGCCAGCCGCAUCUCCACCUUCCUCCACAUGAAUGGCAUGCCCGGGGAGAACUCUGAGCAAGCGCCCCGCCGCUGCCCUAGUCCUUGUACCACCUUCUUCAGUCCUGAUGUGAACUCUCGUUCGGCCCGGGUCCUCUUCCUCCUUGUGGUUCCAGGACACCUGGUGUUCCUCUACACCAUCAGCUGCAUGCAGGGUGGGCACACCACCCUCACGCUCAUCUUCAUUGUCUUCUACAUGACAGCUGCACUGCUCCAGGUGCUGAUCCUCUUGUACAUCGCAGAUUGGAUGGUGCACUGGAUGUGGGGUCGGGGCCUGGACCCAGACAACUUCUCCAUCCCGUACUUGACAGCUCUGGGGGACCUGCUUGGCACUGGACUCCUGGCACUCAGCUUCCAUGUCCUCUGGCUCAUUGGGGACCGAGACACGGAUGUCGGGGACUAACUUGUUCACUCAACCUUCUGCCCACCCCUCUGCACUUUCCAUUUGAAUUUUUUCUUUUGCUCCCCAGCCCACUCCACACUCCACACUCCCACCUCUUUCCAGGACUUCACUCUGAUACCAAAUUCUCAUUAUUUUCAAUGGGAAUUUUUAUAAAUUGAGCCAAGUUUAUAUAGCAAGAAUUCAGGAAGGACAGAUGGACUGAGAUAAGCAGUACAAGUAGAUUUUUGAGACAAUCACCAAGUGCAAUUUCAUGGUGGGUGCCUCCAGGUCACGUGACUUGGGGGCGGGGUUCCGCCUGGGACCUGGGGGCUUUGGUUUAGCUUUAGCAACCUUUACCUUAGCCCUGAUGAGAAACCCUUUGUGUGUAGGCUCUGGUUUUUAAAUUUUGUUUUGUUUUCUUCUUUUUGGUUAAACAGAGAGAGAAAUAUCACUCUAUACUCCCUGGCUUCCAUACACACACACACACACACACACACACUUUUUGUAGAAAUGGACCAACUUCAAAACACUGGGCAGAAAUAAUUGUGCCAGCCCCAUAGGCCCUUCUGCUUAAAAAAGUGGUGCCUAAUCAGACUGUGCACAUGCCCCUCACCAGUUGUCUGAUGAAGGCCACCAGCCCCUCCUGCAAAUCUUCUUCCAAUUGAUUGUCCCAUCCAGGAAGAAAUAAGCAGCAGCCUGGUCUUGCUAUUGCCCCAUGCCCACCCAUAGGGUGGCCAGAAUCCACGUCCUCCCUGGGACCAGAUUCUUUGUUUCUGUUCAACCUUCACCUCUUAUUUCCCCCAAGCACUACCUUCCCCAGAGCUUGCUGGCCUGGGUUCCAAGAUGAGGGGUGGGGUAUGGGUAUGUGGAGGAUGACUGGGAAGUUGAGGGCAACCAGAGGUGUUUCAUCACUGCUCUUUCCCCUGAGGACAUAAUCACAUGGUCCCCUUGACUCCAUCACUUUGUAAAACACCCAUCCCAUCCUGCUGUGGAGGUUGGUUUUCGUCACUUGGCUCUUGCUCGCAGGUAUUCAACAUUCAUUCCUUCACUCAUCCAGGAGUUCCGCAGCCCCCUAAGGUGGGCUCUUCUGCAGACAUGGUCUGAAGCCUUCACUGAGCAAUAUUUAUCAAGUGCCUGGUAUGCGUUGGAUACUAUGCCAGGCGCUGACUAGCCAGUGGUGUGGAAACACACCUCUACCCUCACCUCAUUGCCCAAACGCCAAGGCACACUGCCCUUUUCCACACACCCUUUGUGUCUGCACCUGCGUCCCCAAGCCAGGUUCUGCCUCCUGGCCUCCUAGGUCCCACCUCUGCAACGCUGGCUGCAGCCAGAGCCUCAAGCUCCAUUGCUCAACCAGUGUUCAUUUCCCUAAACCACCCUUACCUCUCCACCCCUCCCCUCUACUUCUCACCAACCACCCAAAAUAGAACUCAGAACUGGUAGGCUGGACCUCAACUAGCUGCUUCUCCUUUUCUCUGCCAGAGCAAGAUUGGGGGCAUUGGAGCCUCCACCUCUGCCCCCCAUGUGACUCUUAACAGACUGGAAAUCUCUCCACACUGACGAGGACAAAUCCGGUCAUUGAGAUGCAGGCUUUUUCUAUCCUCUAUCUGCAGCCUCCCACUUUGGCAAGGCAGUGGCCCCAUCUCUUACCAACAACAUGCCUUAUCUAGGACCGUGCCCCCUACCUCCAGAGACCACCCUCCCUCUGUUUCCACAUGGUCCAGCCUGUGGAACCGAGAACCUUAGCAUUGAAAGGGAUCCUAGAGGUUAUCUAGGUGGAGUCGUGGCCAACAGAGGUCAUUUAACACCAGCCAGGGCUUGUUCUACUCUUCCCUCAGGCCUCCCUUCAUCUUGUCCAAACACCUCCACCUCCAAACACAUUUGCACAGACUCUUCUUGUACAUGCACCAAAACCAAACCCCCAGCCCUGAGACCUCCAGUCGCCCUUGCCCCGGCGCUCACCCUUAUCUCUGGAGUUCAGCCAGGCUGCCCUGGAGACUGGAGCGCCUCCUUUGCUGAGAAAGCAGGAAGAUAGGUGUGCUCCAAGUCCCUGAGUGCGAGCCGCAGGAGGACUGUGGGGUGAAGGAAAGAAAAUGAAGUUGACUUUCCCAGAAGAUUUGUUUCUUUUUCCCUGGUUGCACAAACUGCAUGUCUGACCUGGCUGAGGAGCAACACUGGUUUACUCCUGACCCCAUAAGAAGCUACAGAACUGUGUCUUAAGAGAAUUAUUUAUAGUUACUAUAACUGAAUUGACAAAUGUCAACAUAACUGAUAAAUUAUAUUUGGUAAAAUAAAGAGGAUGUUUAUUUAGGUGGUUGGUGUUUCCUGUGUGUUCAUGGAAAAGGGUCAAAGUGUGACAAGAAGUGGAGCAUCUCAAAUACAGGGAC